AUGGUUAUAGAAAGUUUGAGCUAUAAGUAUCAGGACUUUAAAAAGAAGAUACAGAAGGAAGAAAACUUGAAAAUAGGUUUUAAAGACAGGCUCUUUAUGUUCCUUAUCCGUCUAAGAAGGGGCUUGCCAUUAGAAGGAUUAUCACUAAUUGCUGGACUUGGUGUAUCGUGGACUGGAGAAAUAUGUUAUGCCAUGACCAGACUUGUUUUUCUCACACUUAAGUCUCUGGAAACUAAGUGCUUUCCAUCUGCAGCACAGCAAAAAUUGACAAAGAGUGUUCAAAUGUUUCCAUUCAAGAACCUCAGAGUAAUUCUUGAUGGAGUAGAGUUCCGUAUUGAAACACCGAGUAAUUUUCAAAUGCAGGGAAAUACUUAUUCCCAAUAUAAGGCUGGUAAUACAAUGAGAGUCAUCGUUGGCGUAGACAGCAAUGGUGGAACGGUCUUUGUCAGCCCUGGCUGUGAAGGUGGACUCUCUGAAAAGGAAGCUGUGCUUAGGAGUGGACUGCUGGAACGUCUACAGAAAGGUGAUCUAGUGAUGACAGACAGAGGCUUUGAAAUCACCGCUGAACUUCAAGCUAUAGGAGUCCAUCAUGUAAAACCACCAAGCCUAGGAUCUCGGAACAGCCUUACUGCGGAGGAAGAAAUAUUAACUAAAGCUAUUGCUGCUGUAAGAAUAUACAGUGAACAUGCAAUGGCUGAUAUUAAAGACAACCGCUUACUUCGAGGAACAAUUCCUCUGAAGUUAUACCCGGUACUACCCGAUCUUGUAUACAUUGCUGCUUACCUGAGAAAUUUUUCCCCCAAAAGAAUCAUUGACAAGUCUUUCCGUCAAAACAGCAAUCAGAAAGAAUAA